CCAUCGCUUCCGGUCCCGAGCGUAGGACGAGAAGACAGCGGCUCGGUCACAAGUCCAAACCAAAGAGAGCGACGAAAAUAAAGACAGAAUUAAAAACAUAUAUAAUAAUAAUAAUAAUAAUAAUAAUAAACACAACGAUUGCAAAUCGAAGCGGCGGCCGGAGCGAUUGCAUUCGGAGCCGCCGAUCCUUGCAUUUUGCAAUACAGUGCGGCGGAGUCAUAUUUGCACAGUCUUAUCAUCCUUGCGAUAAUAAGGACAGCGGUGCUGCAGCCUCUCUCUCUCUACACGCACACGCACACGCACACGCACACGCCGCGUCUCUCUCUGUAUUGAACCCUCGGCUCCGCAGCGCUGACCGCAGUGUCCGGACACCCCGCCUCAUCCUCCCGCAGCUCCGCGUCGCUGGAAAGAUGCCGGCCGUCAGUAAAGGAGACGGGAUGCGCGGCCUCGCCGUCUUUAUAUCCGACAUCAGGAACUGUAAGAGUAAAGAAGCUGAGAUCAAGCGCAUUAACAAGGAGCUGGCUAACAUCCGCUCCAAGUUCAAAGGGGACAAGGCUCUGGACGGCUACAGCAAGAAGAAGUACGUGUGCAAGCUUCUCUUCAUCUUCCUCCUGGGACAUGACAUCGACUUCGGACACAUGGAGGCUGUGAACCUGCUGAGCUCCAACAAGUACACUGAGAAACAGAUUGGCUACCUGUUCAUCUCGGUGCUGGUAAACUCCAACAGCGAGCUGAUUCGCCUCAUCAACAACGGGAUCAAGAACGACCUGGCGAGCCGGAACCCCACCUUCAUGUGCCUGUCUCUGCACUGCAUCGCCAACGUGGGGAGCAGAGAGAUGGGCGAGGCGUUCGCUGCAGACAUCCCCCGGGUGCUGGUGGCAGGGGACACGAUGGACAGUGUGAAGCAGAGUGCUGCUCUGUGUUUGCUUCGACUCUACAAGACGUCUCCGGAUCUCGUUCACAUGGGAGAGUGGACUUCGAGGGUCGUGCAUCUCCUCAAUGAUCAGCACAUGGGCGUGGUCACGGCAGCGAUCUCUCUCAUCACCUGUCUGAGUCAGAAGAAUCCGGACGAGUUCAAAACCUGCGUCUCCCUCGCAGUGUCCCGACUGAGCAGGAUUGUCUCUUCAGCCUCCACUGAUCUCCAGGACUACACCUAUUAUUUUGUCCCUGCUCCCUGGCUCUCGGUGAAGCUGCUCCGGCUCCUGCAGUGCUACCCCCCUCCAGAGGAGGGCGCUGUGAAGGGCAGGCUGGUGGAGUGUCUGGAGACCAUCCUGAACAAGGCCCAGGAGCCACCCAAGUCCAAGAAGGUGCAGCACUCCAAUGCAAAGAACGCCAUCCUGUUCGAGGCGAUCAGCCUGGUGAUCCACUACGACAGUGAGCCGAACCUCCUUGUGCGUGCCUGUAAUCAGCUGGGUCAGUUCCUGCAGCACCGCGAGACCAACCUGCGCUACCUGGCCCUGGAGAGCAUGUGUACGCUGGCCAGCUCCGAGUUCUCCCACGAGGCAGUGAAGACUCACAUAGAGACCGUCAUCAACGCCCUGAAGACGGAGCGUGAUGUUAGCGUGCGACAGCGUGCGGCUGACCUGCUCUACGCCAUGUGUGACCGAAGCAACUCCAAGCAGAUCGUCGCUGAGAAACUGAGCUACCUGGAGACUGCAGACUACUCUAUUAGAGAGGAGACCGUGUUGAAGGUCGCUGUCCUGGCUGAGAAGUACGCUGUGGAUUACUCGUGGUACGUGGAC